UGUUUUAGAUGUUUUCAAAUAAUUUUAUCAAUAAAACUAUUUAUUCUCAUCAAAUUUUAUAGUUUUUAUUUAAUAAUUAUAAUAAAUAAUAUUUAUUUAUUGUUUUAAUUAAUUAAUUUGACUUGAAAAUUGUAUUUUGAUACAAAAAAAAAAUACAGCUUUGUUUGUUGUGUCAACGAUCAAUCAAGUUUUAUGAAUCCUAACCUAACAAUAUUCAAGUUUUAAAUGUGAGAGAAACCGUGACAAUAAACAACAAUUUAAUCAACAUGUUGACAAGCUCCAGAUUAACACGUAUAUUAUGUCAAUAUUCAUUGACAAAAUCAAACAAAAUUACCUCGAGAAUUAUCAAUAACAAAAAGAAUGUAGCAAUGAUAAAUAAUAUAUCCCAAGUGGAUUUUAGUCAGGAUGUUGUUGAAAAAUUAGCUGUACCUUCAAUGGAAGAACCAUCUCCAAUUAAUAAAUUUGUUUUAAGAUCACAUACAUGUGGUGAAUUAACAGCUGAUAAUAUUGGUGAUGAUGUAAAAUUAUGUGGAUGGAUGGAGUUUCAAAGAAUGGGAAAAUUCAUAACACUCAGAGAUUCAUAUGGAUCAAUUCAGCUGAUGAUUCCAGAUGAUAAUAAAAUGCUAAUUGAAUUGGUUGAAAAAUUAAAUUAUGAAAGUGUAUUAUCAAUAACUGGCAAAGUAAUAGCUCGUCCAAAAGGUCAAGAAAAUGAUAAAAUGAAAACAGGAAAAAUUGAAAUAAAAAUAGAUACAUUAAAUGUAGAAAAUAAUUCAGUAGCUCAACUUCCAUUUUAUAUAAGACAACAUAAUAUGCCAAAAGAACAUCUUCAAAUGCAAUUUAGAUAUUUAUCAUUACGUUUUCCAUUAAUGCAAAAUAAUCUUCGUAUUCGAUCAAAUGUUAUACAUAAAAUGAGAACAUAUUUAAUUGAUAAUUGUGGUUUUGUUGAUGUUGAAACACCAACAUUAUUUAAAAGAACACCUGGUGGUGCACAAGAAUUUAUUGUACCAACACAAGAACCAAAUAAAUUUUAUUCACUUGUUCAAAGUCCUCAACAAUUUAAACAGCUACUUAUGGUUGGUGGUAUUGAUAGAUAUUUUCAAAUAGCACGUUGUUAUCGUGAUGAAGGAGCUAGACCAGAUAGACAACCAGAAUUUACACAACUUGAUAUUGAAAUGUCAUUUGUUGAUCGUCAAGGAAUUAUUAAUUUAGUUGAAGAAAUUAUUAAAAAUUCUUGUGCUAAUUAUUUUACUGAAAACUUCAAUAUACCAUUUAAAAAAUUUACAUAUGAUGAUGUUAUGGAGCUGUAUGGUACUGAUAAACCAGAUUUAAGAAUUCCUAAUCAAAUUACCAAUAUUACAAAUUUAUUUAUCAAUGAUAAUAGCAAUAAUACAAAUAAACAAAAUAAUUUUAUUUAUGCUUUAACAUUUACAAAUGAUGCAGCUGAUUCAUUAACAAGUUCAACGAAAAAUCAAUUCAAUAAAAUCAAAGAAACUAAUUAUAAAGAUGCAAAAUUAAUACAAAUUAAAAUAUCUGAUGAUUGGGAAUCAAAAAUUAAUAAUAUUGGACUUGAUUCAUCAGCAUUGUCAUCAGUAUUAAAAAUUAAAAAUAAAGAUGCUUUAUUUAUUGCAAUUGGUGCUAAAAAUGAUGCGAGACAAUUACUUGGAAAAAUACGUACAGAGUUUACAGAUAUUUUAGAAAGUAAAAAUAUUAAAAUAAGAAAAGAUGGUUUCGAAUUUUUAUGGGUUUUGGAUUUUCCAUUGUUUGAGGAAAAUGAUGAUGGUUGUUUAACGUCAACACAUCAUCCAUUUACAGCACCUCAUCCUGAUGAUUUUGAAUUAUUAGAAACAGAUCCACUCAAGGUACGUGGACAACACUAUGACUUGGUUUUGAAUGGUUCAGAAAUAGCUGGUGGAUCAAUACGUAUUCACAAUUCAGAAUUACAACGAGAAAUAUUAAAAAUGUUAAAUAUCAAUGAAUCACAAAUGAUGCAUUUAUUAUCAGCACUGUCAAGUGGUGCACCACCACACGGUGGUAUUGCUUUUGGUAUGGAUCGUUUAAUUUCCAUUAUAUGUAAUUCACCAAGCAUCAGAAAUGUCAUUGCAUUUCCAAAAUCAAUGGAAGGUCGUGAUUUAAUGUCUGAUGCACCAUCAGAAAUAACUGAUGAUGAAAAAAAAUUAUAUCAUUUAAAAUAAUAAUAACAAUAAUAGUAAUAAUUUGUAAAAUAUAUUAAUUUUUAAUAAUAAAAAUAAAUUAAUAAAA